CCUUACCCUCUCAACUCAAUUUCUACAACCCAAUUUCUUCGCAUUUAACCAAGAAUGGCGUUCCCAAUUCCUGCUCGUCAGCUAUUCAUCGACGGAGAGUGGAGAGAACCCAUUAAAAAAAAUCGCAUACCCGUCAUCAAUCCGUCCACUGAAGAAAUCAUCGGUGAUAUUCCGGCAGCCACGGCUGAAGAUGUGGAGGUUGCGGUGGUGGCAGCUCGAAGAGCCUUUAGGAGGAACAAUUGGUCAGCAACAUCUGGGGCUCAUCGUGCCACAUACUUGCGUGCUAUUGCUGCUAAGAUAACAGAAAAAAAAGAUCAUUUCGUUAAACUGGAAACCAUUGAUUCUGGGAAACCUUUUGAUGAAGCAGUGCUGGACAUUGAUGACGUUGCUUCAUGUUUUGAAUAUUUUGCCGGACAAGCAGAAGCUCUUGAUGGUAAACAAAAGGCUCCAGUCACCCUGCCUAUGGAAAGGUUCAAAAGUCAUGUUCUCAGGCAGCCCCUUGGUGUUGUUGGAUUAAUAUCCCCAUGGAAUUACCCACUUCUAAUGGCUACAUGGAAAAUUGCUCCAGCACUUGCUGCUGGGUGUACAGCUGUACUUAAGCCAUCCGAGUUGGCAUCUGUGACUUGUCUAGAAUUCGGUGAAGUUUGCAACGAAGUGGGACUUCCUCCAGGCGUGUUGAAUAUCUUGACAGGAUUAGGUCCAGAUGCUGGUGCACCAUUAGUAUCACACCCCGAUGUUGACAAGAUUGCCUUUACUGGGAGUAGUGCCACUGGAAGCAAGGUUAUGGCUUCUGCUGCCCAAUUGGUUAAGCCUGUUACAUUAGAACUUGGGGGUAAAAGUCCUAUUGUAGUGUUUGAAGAUGUUGAUAUUGAUAAAGUUGUGGAAUGGACUAUUUUUGGCUGUUUCUGGACAAAUGGUCAAAUAUGUAGUGCAACGUCUAGACUGCUUGUGCAUGAAAGUAUUGCAGCUGAGUUUGUUGAUAAGCUUGUAAAAUGGACGAAAAACAUUAAAAUUUCUGACCCAUUUGAAGAAGGAUGCCGGCUUGGCCCUGUUAUUAGUAAAGGACAGUACGACAAAAUUAUGAAGUUCAUAUCAACAGCAAAGAGUGAGGGGGCAACUAUUUUGUAUGGAGGUUCCCGUCCUGAGCAUUUGAAGAAAGGUUAUUACAUUGAACCCACCAUUGUAACUGAUAUCUCCACAUCCAUGCAAAUAUGGAAAGAGGAAGUUUUUGGCCCUGUCUUGUGUGUUAAAACAUUUAGUUCCGAAGAUGAAGCCAUUGCAUUGGCAAAUGAUACAGAGUACGGUUUAGCUGCUGCUGUGUUUUCUAAUGAUCUUGAAAGAUGUGAGAGGAUAACGAAGGCUCUAGAAGUUGGAGCUGUUUGGGUUAAUUGCUCACAACCAUGCUUUGUUCAAGCUCCUUGGGGAGGCAUCAAGCGUAGUGGUUUUGGACGUGAACUUGGAGAAUGGGGUAUCCAGAAUUACUUGAAUAUCAAGCAGGUGACUCAAGAUAUUUCUGAUGAACCAUGGGGAUGGUACAAGUCUCCUUGAAGCUAUGAUCAAAUUUGAAUGACGGUGUCGUUUUUGUUAAGUGAGCAGCGGUUGGACUGUACCUUGAAAUGGUUCGCAGAGAAGGUCGAGUUUACAGUAAAAAUGGAUUGAAUAAAGGGUUGGUUGAUGCAGAAGUCCAACAAGCAUAGCUUAAUUUUGUUGUAUCAUGUACUAGUGUCUAUUAUUUCAGACAAUUGAGUUGGAUCAGAAAUAAGAUGAUACAGAGUUUGACAAUG